GGCUUCCUCGCACGGGACAAAAACACGUCACGCUCCAGACACGGUGAAUUCACGCGUCCAACGCGAGAAAAUAAAAGAAAACCGGGGCACAUUCACGCGGAGCGUCAACAAACUUGAGAACCACCACACGCGCCGCUACGCAGGCGACAUUCUUCACAGGCGAUGAUAGAGCACCACAAACAAACCACCAGGGGGAUCAAACGCUAGACGAUCUCUCAUGGCGGUAGCAUCGUUUCAGAAACAAACGCCGCAGGUUAAAACUUUUAACCGACACAGAUCGUCUUUGGUGUGUCUGACAUGGCUGCACCGAGAGCGUCGUCCUUGCUGCUUGCGUUCAAAGCAAAGAUUGAAGAGUCGGUUGCACUGGUUCCCGACAUGGUGGCCGAAGAAAAGUUGAAAGCUGUUCAAUUUUGGAAUGUGGUUUCAGAGAGGUUACAGCAGAUUGUGAAUGACAGCGCUGCCGACAUCAACGCGUUGGCCCUGAACAUGCAUGGCGAGGACAUCAAUGUGGCUUCACUUCACGAUGAACAAGAAUCACAAGCAAAAAUGGCACAGCCCUACAUUGAAGCCCAUGCCUAUAGAUCGGAAAACCUGUACACGGAAGCCGUCGAAGAGUUUGAUGUCACGGCUGCUUCGGAAGGCCACCAGCAGGAACUUCUGGCACUGUCUGCCGAGCUCGAGCAAGUGGGUUCAUCGCAGCCUUCUGCUCAGGGAAAUUUCAACAGCGUGCCUCUGGAGCAGGGGAGCCUUGAUGUGUCUGAAGGGUCACUUUCCAAGGACUCGACAGUGCUGCUCAUUUCAACUCAGGCAGAGGACUGCCCUGCAGAUGCCAGGUUUGAUGUUGCACAUCAGCAGAGCCACAAUCCUCAGGUUUUAUCGCAACAUGAGUAUGGCUCAAGCAGCAGUCUAGUCCUUCAGAUGCCAGCAAAGACAGCAAACCUAGGACAGAACAAGGACGACUCUGAGCAGUGGCAGUCCUGUCCAGAGUAUGCCACCAAGCCAAAGGUUCAGAGGAAACGCCGGCCUUCGACAAGGAAAGCAACUGCAAAGAGCUCUGCUAAAAGAAGUGCCACAGCGGGUGUAAAAAAAGCUGCUGGGAUGACAACUGCCACUGAUAUGAGACCUUCUGAUGUAGCAUCAAGUGUUCAGUUGGAAAGCACUCAGGGCGUCGAAACAACUGAAGUAAUUGUGAUUCAGACUCGGAAGAGGCCUAAGAAAUCGAAGGAGGAGAAGGACAGACAGUGCAAGGUCUGCCUGAAGGAGCUUCCCAACAAUUCUUCAUUGACAACCCACAUGUGGACCCAUGAACGGCCAUUUGCUUGUGCAGAAUGCAGUGCUCGUUUCUCCACAAAAAACAACCUUGUAGUUCACCAAAGGACUCAUUCAGGUGAAAAGCCAUACGCGUGCAAUGAAUGCAAUGCCAGCUUUUCAACACGAGGAAACCUCAAGCGGCAUGUGAAGACACAUACGGGCGUCAAGCCCUGGAAAUGCAGCCACUGUGAGCAGUGCUUUACCGAGAAGAAGACUUUAGUUGCUCACAUGCGACGACACACUGGCGAGAAGCCCUACCAGUGUCAGGUGUGCCAGCGGCGCUUUGCCCAGUCGGGUGUCCUGCGCAUGCACAUGGCCGUCCACCUGGGCCAGAAGUCGCACCUUUGCGAGCACUGCGGCAAGGCAUUCCGGCAGCGCUCGCAGCUCCACCUGCACAUGCAGCGGCAUCAGGGGCUGCGCCGCUACUCCUGCAACAUCUGCCCCUCAAAGUUCCUCACCAAGGCUGACAUGCUGCGUCAUGAGCGGACACAUACAGGAGAACGGCCUUAUGUGUGUACUCUGUGUGGAAAGAAAUUCACGCGGCAGCAGUCACUCAAUGAGCACACCAACCGCCACUACGGCAUCAAGCCUUUCGAGUGCAAGUACUGCGACAAGACGUUUGCGGAGAUGUCGGCGUGUUAUAAGCAUAUCAAGCUUCACUCCAAGACUGAGGAUGGGGAGAAUAAUGUAUGUGCUCAGAAUGCCAUGAAAACGACUGAGGCACGCAUUCCACCACUCCCUGGGACUGCCCUGCAGACUGCAGGGAGCUCGCAGUUAGUGGCUUCAGCUGCGGAAUCUAGUAGGAUAGUGUCAACACUGACAUCUGAGACUGGAAACAGGAAUGGGGCACUGAAAGGCUCUGAAACUCUGACUUCGCAUGAGUCUGCAGUGACUGGAGCGGCGCAUGUCACUGGUGUGGUCCACCCACCGGAGCUCUCAGCCAUGGACUUACUAGCCACUGCUUCAGGCUUCUAGUGUUGGAAUUUGAAGAGAGCACAGCGGGACUGCAUGUGUGUGUAUAUGUGUAUGCCACAAGGACAUUUGUUUUAUUUAUGAGACACUAAGAAUGAUGAAAAUGACGAACGCAAGUUAUUGCCAAAGCCUACUCGCUGUGUUAGUAUUGUAUAUAUCUGUUAACAGUUUUCAUAUGCGGUAUGUUUGUCUGCUUGUGAGAUUUACUAGCAUCCAUGCCCAGAAAAUUAUGAAUUGCUUGGUGUGGUCUAGCUUUCUGUCGUUGAGUUAUAUAAGGCUUACGACAAAAAAAAAAAAAGAAGAAGAAGAAGAAAAAAAGAGGAGGACAACAUGAAUACAGGACAAGCGCUUCCUAUCUAUCCACUAAAGAUUUAUUCAGAAAAGCACGUGAAUCUAAGCGCAACAAUCUUGGAACAAACAAAGGAAGUCCUCGUAAGGUCACGUGAGCAAAAUGAUAAAUGAUGAUCCAUGAAUGAAUUCCAUUCCAUCUUUUGAGAAUAUUAUCAGUGCCCGGUUGAUGCGUGUGGCUUCGUGUUUUAUAAUGUUAUAUGAUUCACCCAUUUCACAUGUGUGCUACCCACCACAAUGGCGCAAUAACUGUGUCAUUCUCCUUCCGAGUGCAAAGUCAUGGGCUCAAUUUCCGGCCACAGCGGCUGUAUUUCAAUGGGGGCAAAAUGCAAAAAUGUUCAUCUACGUAGAUUUAGGUGCAUGAAUCUUAUGUACUAACACAAAAGCAAAAACUAAAAAGUUGUACUUUUUGCCUGCGUAUGCACUUAUUGCACUUAUUGUAGGCAGCGAAUCUUGCAGUCUAUAUGGGAGUGGCAAGCCUUCUUAUCAGAACCUUAGUUGGUCAAAAUCCGGAGCCCUUCACUAUGGCAUCUCUUAUUGCCCCAGUUUUGCUUUUGGACAUUAAAUCUCAAGAAUCAAUCAAUCGCUCGCGUGUACACCAAUCACGAUGCCUCGUGAUUACCGACAUGCUGCCGAAAGAAGACUGGUGACAAUCACUCCACAGCCGAGAACUCAGUAUAUAUAUCUGCCCGCUGAUCGCAAUGCCUAGCAUCCAGCUUGCACGCUUCAUCACCCUUCUAUAUUAAUCCAUGCUAGUGUUGCUCUGUUAUCUAUAUAAUUACAUGUGGUCAUUUAUGUGUCAUUUGUGCUGUAAUCCGAACCAAGGUAUCUAUAGUCUUUUAAGAAGUCACGUUCUCACUAUCCUCUCUAGUCAGCUGCAUUUUAAUUCGCAGCAUUAUUGUUUGAGCAUUGCACAUAUAGUUGUACGUUUAUGGUGCUUGCCAUGUUGAUACUUGUACAGUUGAACCUUGAUUUAGCGAGACUGAUGGGACCCAAAAAUUAUUUUGUUCAUAAAUCGUGGUCUUCAUUAAAUCACACUUAGAACACUUCAUGCUAAUAACAGUAUACUAAGACAAGAGCAAAAACUAAUAAUUUGCACUUUUUACCUGCGUAUGCACUUGUUGUACUUGUUGUAGGCAGCGAAUCUUGUGUUCUUUUAUGGGAGUGGCAAACUUUCUUAUCAGGUCACUGGUUUCUGUCACUUGAACUCAAACUGGUGUACCUAUAUUUCCCCCACAAAAAAACAUCUUUAUAGCUGAGAGGUUUGGGUUCACUUCAUUGCUUCGAGGACCCGCCGUGGUUGCUCAGUGGCUAGGGUGUUCUGCUACUGAGCACAAGGUCGCGGGAUCGAAUCCCGGCCACGGCGGCCGCAUUUCAAUGAGGGUGAAAUGCAAAAACACCCGUGUACUUAGAUUUAGGUGCAAGUUAAAGAAUCCCAGGUGGUCGAAAUUUCCAGAGACCUCCUCUACGGCGUGCCUAAUAAUCAGAAAGUGGUUUUGGUACGUAAAACCCCAUAAUUUAAUUUAAUUGCUUCGAGGCUUUUGAUGCUUUAGACUGUAUGAAUCCGUGUUGGAGAAUCAAAAGCGCUUUCUAAAGGUGAGAUUUUGUAAAUCGGGUCUUGUUAACUCGAGGUUUGACUGUACAUAGCACUCGGUGCCUUGUAUGUCUUGCGCUAAUGUGCUUAUUUUUCGUCUAGAGUGAAUGAAACAUCACUAAUAGUACAUUCGACUGGUUACGUUCGAGCGCUCUAAUGGCACCCUCAAGGCAAGAUUUACAUUUGGCCGUUUGAAAUCGAGCAUUCUGAACAGAUUCGCCUUGUUCAUUUGGAGUGCCACGCAGCCUUUGAGCGCUUGGAAAUACUCGGAGGCUCUGUCGCCCCUUAGCUGGGAAUGUGACCAAAAUCGAACAGAUUUCCGAUCAUGUGGAUCCUCCUGUUAAUCUGGUAGUAGCUCCACAUUUGGCUCGGACAUGCUUUCUGUCGAUCCAAUGUGGAGACGCCUCUGCAUCACUUCAAGCCGAUUCAGAGUGUGGCAAGAACCAGUCGAAUGUACCAUCAAGAUUGUUCGAGCUGAUUUUACCCGAUACAUUCCAGUGCAAACUCAUUUACAUUUAAGUAAUGUGUUUUAGUGAUUUAAAUAAUGUUUUAGUGACCCUUCAUCUGUGAUAAAAUCUGGUGUACAUAGAUUAUUGCAUUUUCAUUGUGUACAUUUUUACAAAAAAUGGAGAGUUAUUAAACCAUUUUUAUUUUGUGCAA